AUGGAUCAAUGUAGUUGGUCUCAAGUAGUGAGGUUAAGUUGCUUGCUGUUUUGCUUGUAUGAUAAUCAAACAUAUUUGAAUAUAAUUGAGAAGUUGCUGCUAACAACCUCUUGUGCUGGUCAGCGUAGAACAGGAGGAGUGGUUACAUGGAGGUCUGGAAGUGUUAUGGUGGUGUUUCGAGGAAGUAAAUAUGAAGGGCCAUCAUCAAGAUCUCAACCCACUGAUGGAGACAACAAAACUCUUUUUGUCCCUGAUGUUUCUUCUUCUGACAACCCAAUAACUCAUAAUGCUGGUGCUAGUUCAAUUCUGGAAAAGAGCUACCCAGUUUUCCCAGGCCGUGUUGAAAGCAUGACAGAAGAGGAAGUUGAAUUCAAUAGCCUGCUGGAUGGUUUAGGUCCACGUUUUGAAGAUUGGUGGGGUACUGGAGUGCUUCCUGUUGAUGCUGAUCUACUUCCUAAGGAAAUUCCUGGCUACAAAACACCUUUCAGGCUUCUUCCUACUGGAAUGCGAUCAGGACUAACUAAUGCUGAGAUGACGAACUUACGGAAACUUGCUAAAUCGCUUCCUUGUCAUUUUGCUCUUGGGAGAAACAGAAAUCAUCAGGGCUUGGCAGCUGCUAUAAUCAAGCUGUGGGAAAAGAGCCUAGUUGUCAAAAUUGCUGUGAAGCGUGGAAUUCAGAAUACAAAUAAUAAAUUGAUGUCUGAGGAGUUAAAGAAACUGACUGGAGGUCUGUUGCUGCUCAGAAACAAAUACUACAUUGUCAUAUACCGUGGAAAGGAUUUUCUCCCAACGAGUGUAGCUGCUGCUUUAGCAGAAAGACAGGAAAUGACAAAGCAGAUACAGGAUGUUGAAGAGAAAGUACGGGGGGGACCAUCAGACGCAGUGGCGAUGGAUGAAGAUGGGCAGGCACUCGCAGGUACUUUAGCUGAGUUUUAUGAGGCUCAGGAUCGAUGGGGAAGAGAACCAUCUGCCGAAGCGCAUGAGAAGAUGAUAAUCGAAGCAUCCAGAGCUAAGACUGCUAGAGUAGUUAAGCGACUUGAACAUAAACUGUCAAUUGCCCUGGCCAAGAAGCUUAAAGCGGAGAAACUGUUAGCUAAGAUAGUAGGGUCCUGGGUUCCUGUUGGUCCUUCAGAUGACCAGGAAACAAUCACUGAUGAGGAACGGGUUAUGUAUCGUAGUGUUGGACUAAGAAUGAAGGCGUACUUGCCCCUUGGCAUUCGUGGUGUUUUUGAUGGUGUUAUUGAGAACAUGCAUCUGCACUGGAAGCAUAGAGAGCUUGUGAAGCUGAUAUCAAAAGAAAAAGAACUUUCUUUUGUUGAAGAAACAGGAAAACUGUUGGAAUAUGAAAGUGGUGGGAUACUGGUGACAAUAGAAAGAGUCUCCAAAGGCUAUGCUCUCAUUUACUAUCGUGGAAAGAAUUAUAAGCGACCCAUUAGCCUGAGGCCAAGAAAUCUUCUGACAAAGGCAAAAGCACUGAAGCGCAGAGUGGCCUUGCAGCGAUAUGAGGCUCUCAGUCAACACAUAUCUGAAGUGGAGAAAACCAUAGAACAAACAAAAAGAGAAAUUGUAAGUUGUUUCUUAUCCAAAAAAAAUAAAUUUUUAUUACUUAAUUGA